AUGGACUAUCCCGAACAGCAAAUUCAGCACAUCAUCCGCGGCUUGACGCAAUAUUCGCGUGACGACCAAUGGUCUAUCUUAGAAGACUAUUUCCUGCCUGAUGCCUACUUCGUACAUCCCUUCUGCCGCGUGCCAUCCUUCGGCGAUUACAAGAUCCCAUUUACGAACUUGACUACAAACUCUCGCCAGUUCGUCUUCUUCAUUUACCAAUGGUAUAGAAUCCUAAGCCCGGAUAUAAAGCUUUGCAUCGAUUCGACCAGCUUCGAUAAGAAUAAGAAUCUCUUGUACGUCACGCUCCGCCAGACAUUUACGCUGUGGUUUGUGCCGUUUUCGCUGUGGCAGGCCAACGUGAAGCUGGUGACGGUGCUGGAGCUGCAGCGGCUUGGUAUUGAUAAGCACCACAAACCGUUGCUCGACGAGACGCCGGUUUCCGUCGAUGCUGAUCUGGCUCUAACUCCGGACUCGCCCAAGCGAUACUUCAUUAAGGGCCAGCAGGACCACUAUCAAGUAGAGGAUUUCUUGAAGUUCAUUGCGCCCUGGGGAGCAUCACUUCUUUGGAUCGCCUGGCAGCUCUAUGCAACGCUCAUCUGUGCUAUAGGCGUCUUACUCCUCCGGGAUGCUUCACCCCUGGCUUUUGAAGUGCCCCCCGAGAUCUCGGAGGUGAUUACUCGCUUAGCAAAGCGGUGGACUCGAAAGGUCGGGAACAAAAUAGCCGCUUGGGUAGUAUAUUCAUAUUUGGACAAGGAUGACGAUGAUAAUACCGGCGAUCGCGAGAAUCCUUAUUUUGAUCUGUCACGCUUACUCCGUUUGCCCACAAAUCAAAACGAGAUACCGUUACAGAACGGGUCACUAUCAUAUAAUCCCUCGUUCUAUAAUAAUUUCUACACCAACGGCCUCUCAAUCUACGGAGCAGAUGGAAGGCAGAUAUACCCAGUAUUACCAGCAAGGAGUAGAAAUUAUACAGCAAGCGAUGGUAGCUUUCCGGUAAACAGCAACUACCGCUCAAGUGCCGAUAAAGGACAAUUUGUAGCACUGCGGGCUCUAUGGCUAUCUCAAGGCCCCUUUUCUCACCGUGCGAGAAGGGUUUUACGCAAGAGGGAUAGCAAGCUCAGAUCUUCAAUAUCAGCAGCAGACAUCCAAGAGGAGUCCUCCAUAGAAACGGAGCACGAUGAGUUUUCGCCCGGGGACUUUGUGCUCUUCCCAUCGGAGCGAGACGACGAUAAUACCUAUGACAGCGACGAAUACUUGAAAAACCCGCGGCCGAUGACGCCAUCGUCGUCAAAGGCCUCGUCGGACGAGAUGGGGAAUUGGUUCGCCGAGAGGCUCAAAGUCAAAGCACAGGAAAGGACCGGGAAAUUGGGAUCGGCAGGUAAUAACGCGCCCAAAUCCGAGCCUUGUGUUCCCGAUAUCGUAAACCCUCUCCUUCGUAGGAUCCGAGAGAUAAGCUCGGGUGACGGCGCAGGAGAUCAGGUUAGCGGAAGACCAAACGAGGGAUGCGUUUACGGCACUAUUGGGGCUCCUGCAGUGGAUACCGACGGCUACCCUCCUAGUCUUUGACUUAUGCACGAAUGUAUUCUUUCAGUCAGGGUAUUGCGAUUGGGAGUAAGACGGCUUUUAGCGGGUGUUCGGUAUAGAUUAGCCGUCGUAUAGGGAUUACUGUAGUCUUUUCCUAUAUUGGAUGUACUCGGUACCCAGUCUAAUAGAAUAGUGUAAAACAGCGACGAAGCGGCACGAAUAGGAGCAAGACUCCGAUAAGUGUGUUCUGUUAUAUGUUAGUUAGGAUAAACCGUAGAAACAAGCCUCUCUUAGAGUAGCUUUGAAGAUGAACUUCUUACCUGUUA